CUUUUAAUCGGGGGCGCGGACGUGCGCGUCCCCGCGGAGUCUUUGUGUGGCGGCGUAGAGAAGCGCAAAUACAAUAACCAUGGCCGACGAGAAACCCAAGGAGGGUGUAAAGACAGAGAACAAUGACCACAUCAACCUGAAGGUGGCGGGGCAGGACGGCUCGGUGGUCCAGUUUAAAAUCAAGAGACACACACCCCUCAGCAAACUCAUGAAGGCAUACUGUGAGAGACAGGGAUUGACGAUGAGGCAGAUCCGAUUCCGGUUUGACGGACAGCCCAUCAACGAAACAGACACGCCCGCACAGUUGGAAAUGGAGGAUGAAGACACAAUUGAUGUUUUCCAGCAACAGACAGGAGGACACAACUAACCCGGACCGUCACCAAACCCUUCCUCAUCCUCGCUCUGCCUGGUUUUCCCACACCCCUCUCCUCUCAUGGUUAUCUGUAACUGCUGUUGUAUAGUGUUUCAGUUCACCACUUUCUCUUUGUUUUGUACAUAAAGGAUUCCUGCUACAGUAAUGAUUACAUUGGUAUUGUUUAUUGCAGGAAUAUCUGACAUGUCAAGCCCAGAGUUUUGAAACUAGUGAUCGCUAAUGAUAAGAGAACACGUUUAACGCCCCAUCUCAUGGACAUCGUCAUCUGUGUACAGACCAACAGAUACAUAUUUCCCCAUCAGUGAUCAUAGUCAAGAGAUUAUCAGCCAUGUAUUUGGGUUUAGAAGUCGUUCUCUGUAUCUGAACCCAACAUCUGGUUCAAAUAUAAGCACCCAGAGGCUUUUUCAAGGGUAGAGCUGUAAAGAAACCUUCUGCUCUGUUACACAUUAUGCAGACUAACCUGCAGUUUAAAUGGGUUUUCUGUUGUCUGCUCAAACAAAUUGUUUUUAAGACUUUUUUUUUUUUUUAUAAUUGUAGUGGUCAUGUAUAGUGUGACACUGGUCUUAAACACGCAUUAACUCGACUGCGUUUGAGUGAAUUCAUGUUUUGGACAAGUCAAGCAUCUGUCUGUAUUGUUUAAUCUCUUGUUAAAAUAAAAUAUUCUGUUUAUAUCAAACUGUAAA